GAGACGCUGUCCGAGCGGUUGGUGUGGACUCAUGAAACACCUUUCGAUCGUUCGUUUAUUCGUCACCACAAGUUUUUCCGACAAUAUAAACCCUAUCCCCCCUCUCGAUUUCUCCAUCGUCUUCUUCCCCUCCCUCGGAUGCUUGCGCACUCCACGCGCAAAUAACGUCAGCGAGUAUACGGCGAUGAGCGUGGCCUCGCUGCCUAUUCUUCCUUGCCGGCCCCACUAGGAGACGACGAUGGCGACGACGUCUCACCACCUCGCGCACCGGUCCUCCCACGGCUUCCCUCGCGGCGGCGAGUGUCGGGCGAUGGGGAGAGUCGCGGGAUCGAUCACCAGAACUUCAACUAUUUACGUGCCACAUAAAGCUGUAGAUGUUAAUUUUACUGGUAACAGCAUGGUGGAUCUAAACCAGUAUGUAUGCUGUCAUCAUUUUUCCAAGAAAAAGUGCCGUUUAAGGCAGGUGCUGUUGGAAUUUACAAAACAUAGGCCGCUCGUUCAUAAAGCCUUCGUUCAUAAAGCCAGAAGGAUGAGACACACUACUCUACUAGCUUCUACUGAUGAUGGUGUAACAGUAAAUGGAACCCCGCAAGCCAGUUCUAGCAACGAUGUGGAGGAAAUGAGAGUUAAAUUGGAUGAGUCUUUACAGGGUGAAGAUCUUAGCAGCCGACUUGUUCAGUCCAUACAUGAUUCAGCAAGGGCUAUUGAGCUGGCCAUUCAAGAACAGAGCUCAUUAACAAAAGACUCUUGGUUCCCAAAAGCAUGGCUUGGGCUGGACAAAAAUGCAUGGGUUAAGACACUAUCUUAUCAGGCUGCUGUGUAUUCUUUAUUGCAAGCAGCUAUUGAGAUUUCAUCACGAGGAGAUGGAAGGGAGAGACAUGUUAAUGUUUUGGUGGAAAGAAGUUUAUUGCGACUGUGUUCUCCAUUAGAGAGCAUAAUCCGAGAUGAAUUAUCUAGCAAAUUACCUGUAGCUUAUGAAUGGUUUUGGUCCCAUCAACAUCCAAUGGUUGUCGCCACGUUUGUAAAUCUUUUCGAAAGGGACCACCACUUCAAUGCUGCGAUAACAUCAUACUGGAACCGGGAAUCAUCAGGUUCAGACACCAUGAACGACCUAUCAAUAAUCAUGCUUGCUCUGAGCUGUGUAGCUGCUGUCACAAAGCUUGGAUCAGCAAAGGUUUCUUGUUCACAGUUCUUCUCAAUGGUGCCAGAUAUUACUGGUAGAUUGAUGGACAUGCUUCUUGAUUUUCUCCCAAUAAAGAAAGCAUAUUAUUCUGUUAAAGAUAUUGGUCUACACCGAGAAUUUCUUUUCCAUUUUGGUCCUCGAGCUGCUGUAGGAAAAUUUAAAAAUGAUCAGGCAGUUGAAGAGAUAGCAUUUUGGGUUGAUCUUUUACAGAAACAGUUACAGCGGGCUAUUGACCGGGAAAGAAUAUGGUCCAGACUGACCACAUGUGAAAGUAUUGAGGUUUUGGAAAAGGAUUUGGCAAUCUUUGGAUUUUUUAUUGCCUUAGGCAGAAGCACACAAUCCUUUUUAUUGUCAAAUGGUGUCACAAUCAUGGAUGACCCCAUUGAAAGUGUCAUAAGGUAUCUUAUUGGGGGCAGUGUGCUUUAUUAUCCACAACUAUCGUCCAUUAGUUCUUAUCAGCUUUAUGUGGAGGUAGUCUGUGAAGAGUUAGAGUGGCUUCCCUUCUAUCAAAGAAGUUUAUCUAGUCUAACGCUUGAUGAUAAGGGUAAAAGAGAUGGAAGUCCUAGAGAGGAAGCUAUUACUCGAUCAUUAAAUGUGUGUUCUUACUGGAUGACAAGCUUUAUUAAGUACAGUAAAUGGCUUGAGAAUCCAUCAAACAUAAAAGCAGCAAGGUUCCUUUCUAGAGGACACGCCCUGCUGAAUAAAUGUAUCAAAGAGCAUGGUGUAGUAAAAGAUAAAAAGGAAAAGGAGGUUGUGGAGCAUCAAGGUUCAUGUGGAUCUGAAAGAAACUCCUCAGUGGAGCCAGAGCUAGAUUCUUUUGAUAAGGCACUUGAAAGUGUUGAGGAAGCUUUGAAUAGAUUAGAGGACUUACUUCAGGAAUUACAUCUUUCCAAUGCAAACCCUGGGACGGAACAUUUAAAAGCUGCCUGUUCUGACCUCGAGAAAAUAAGAAAGCUUAAGAAAGAGGCUGAAUUUCUUGAAGCAUCUUUCAGAGCAAAGGCAGCCUCACUAGAACAGGGUGAUGCUGAUGAACACUCACUGUCUUCUGCCAGUGAGCAGGAACAGAUUAAGAAGACUGGAAAAGUUUCUAAUACAAGUGAAAAGGUUCAGAACCCUGUAGAAAAGGUGGUUCGUAAACCUCGUGGUUUUUGGAGUUUGCUGGUACGGAAUUCCACCCAGAAAAAUGAGCCUGGACGGUCAAUGAAGGAUCAAAAUGUUGCUAUUGCUGCAGUGGAUAAUCAAGACCUCGAAUUAAAUGAGAUUCGCCGCUUUGAACUUUUGAGGAAUGAGCUGAUUGAGCUUGAAAAGAGAGUUCAAAGAAGUACAAAUGACAGUCAGAAUGAGGAGGAGGCUGAUCAUAUCGAUGACAAAGACAAGCUUGCACCUGUGGCAGCAAACAAGUUGUUAGUCAAGGCACCAAAGAAAGAUAAUGUCAUUGCCAAAUCAAUGGAGAAGAUCAAGGAAACUACCACGGAUGUGUGGCAAGGAACUCAGCUGUUGGCCGUAGAUGUUGCAGCUGCUAUGGUUUUGCUAAAAAGAGCACUCACUGGAGAUGAACUUGCAGAAAAGGAGAAGAAAGCUCUCCAAAGAACUUUAACAGACUUGGCAUCUGUUGUUCCAAUUGGAUUUCUCAUGCUUCUUCCUGUUACCGCCGUUGGGCAUGCAGCUAUGCUUGCUUUCAUUCAAAGAUAUGUACCUGCUCUGAUUCCAUCCACAUAUGCACCAGAGAGGUUAGAUCUCCUGAGACAGCUUGAGAAAGUGAAGGAAAUGGAAGGAACUGAGAUGAACUCCGAUGAGAUGACUGAGGGAGUUAGCGAGACCAGCAGCAAUACAGAGUAGUUUCACUUGUCAGUAUGGUUGCUGUGAAGCUCAUUCAGUAUACUACUAAAGUAGCACACAAGUGUCUACAGAUCUGCAUGAAAGAUAUUUACAAACUAGGCUCCCUGUGAAUCAAAGAGUAGCUUAUUUUCUAUAAUCUGCUUGAUUCAUUGACUGCGACCUUGAGCUUUUUAACCAUAUGCUAAAAUGAACAGGUUAUCUGCAGUCCGUUACAAAUUCUGUGGUUGGUAUCCAAUGCUGUAAUCACUGGGCAUUCUGUGUUGCAACAAAAUAUUGUCAUAUAAAUGUCAUGAUCUUGGAACUUGUACAUA